GUGACCACUGAAUGAUGAUCGAUAUGAAAAUGCAAUUCACAUUUAUUUGGUAAAAAAAAAUUAUAAUCAGAAAAAGAAAAGUUUUGGUUUUAUCGAAAAUAACGUACCGUCCGUAAUUGAACAUAAAACAUUUUGUUUAAAGAAAAAUACUAGUUGUGGUAUCCCCAUCAAAUAAUAUGACUUUUCAAUUCCAAAGUGAACAAAGUUCUUCCUAAAGAAUUCCACUUCAUAAACUUCCAGAUUUUUUUUUAUUAUUUUAAUUUAGUUUUUAAAAUUCCUAACUUCAAAUAUUAUUGUUUUUGAAAAUUGAUAAAAUAAUAAAAUGCCGUCGCUGUUUGUAUUGAUAAUAAUAUUUUGUACAAUUGUAACGGUCGAAUCGUGCGGUCCUGGUAGAGGUAUCGGCGGACCGCGAAGAAGUCGACAGGUGUCGCCGUUAGUGUUUAAGCAACAUGUUCCGAAUGUGAGUGAAAAUACAAUAGGUGCUUCGGGAAAGAAUGAAGGAAAAAUAACCAGACAUGAUCCGAAAUUUCGGGAUUUAGUGCCAAAUUAUAAUCAGGAUAUUAUAUUCAAAGAUGAAGAAGGUUCCGGUGCGGAUCGGCUGAUGACACAGCGUUGCAAAGAAAAGCUAAAUACCUUAUCCGUGUCGGUGAUGAAUACAUGGCCGGGUGUUCAUUUACGUGUUACUGAGGGCUGGGACGAAGAUGGUCAUCACGGGAUCGAUUCGUUGCAUUAUGAAGGCAGAGCAGUGGACAUAACGACAUCAGAUCGAGAUCGAGGGAAAAACGGAAUGCUGGCACGGUUAGCGGUAGAGGCUGGAUUCGACUGGGUGUAUUAUGAAAGUCGGGCGCAUGUACACUGUUCGGUGAAAUCAGACUCAUCCCAAUCAUCACAUUCCAGUGGUUGUUUCACUGGCAACAGUACUGUAACAACAUCAACCGGUGACGUGAAACGUCUUGAUGAACUUACUGUUGGCGAAAAGGUGCUCAGCAUGGACAAACAAGGCAAUGCUGUGUACAGUGAAGUGCUAAUGUUUUUGGAUCGGAACGAACACGAAACCAGAGAGUUCGUCAAAAUAGCCACCGAUGGCGGUGCAACGGUGUCCGUAACUCCUGCCCACUUGCUGAUGGUAUGGAAGACAUCGUUGAAUCAAACGAAAUUCAUAUUCGCUGAACAGGUCGAAGAGGACGAUUUCGUGCUGGUGAACAUAAAUGGUACACUGGAACCGCGACGCGUCACCAAAGUGUCGUCGGUGAUGAGCAAAGGUGUCUAUGCACCGUUGACGCGCGAAGGAACAAUUAUUGUAAAUUCAAUUACAGCAUCAUGCUAUGCUCUAGUCGAUAGUCAAUCAAUAGCUCAUUGGAGCUUUAUGCCAGUCAGAGCUUAUAAUUUAGUCAAACAUUAUAUUGUCGAUGAUGGCAAAACAUCGGCGAAAACAGCGUCCAUACAGAAUGGUGUACACUGGUACGCCAAAACAUUAUAUACAAUCAAAGACUAUUUAUUACCAUCGGAUUGGAUAUAUCAGACGUAGGAAUAACUGUAUGCCAAUUUUAAUUAAUUAAUUUUUUUUUUGACUUAUUAAGUUUUUUUGUACGAUUUAAUGGACUUUUAUAGGUAUUAAAGCAAUUAACUAGUUUUAAGUAGGACAAAACAAAUUUUUUUAAAUUAAAUUAAAUUAUUUUCUUUUUUUAACGUUUAAAAUUUAGUGAACUUUUUUCAAAAACUAAAAGAAAGAAACAAAACAUCGAAGAAAAGAAAACGACGAUGACAAAAGAGAUAUUCAACAUGUCGGCCAGUGACCAUAAUAAAAUGCGGAAACUAAAUCGAGAAAAAAAUUAAAUUUGAAAACAAAAAUUUAAAAUAAAAAAUUAGAAAUUAAAAGUAAAUUUGAUGAUCAAAGCGCGGAAGUAUAUGAAAAAGUAAAAAAAUAAAUGAAUGAAAACCUAACUACAAAAAGUGAUAUGUAAUUUAUAAAUAUUUUUAAUUAUGAUUUUUAUUAUUUUAAAAUAAUGUAACUCCUUAUUUAACUUAAAAUAUUUAAUUUAAUAAAUUUGUAAAAACACGAAAAAAAAAUAAAUUAAAAUUCUAAAAUUAACAAAAUUUCCAAUUGUAAAUAGUAAAGGAAGCACUCUUCUGAUUACACAGCGGGAGUAUCGAGUUCAGUAAUUUUAUUUUGUUAAAUGUAUAGUUCAGCCUAAUUUUAGUUUGGGACUUAG